AAAUUUCCCCUUUUUCUCUCUCCCUCAGAAUCUUUGCCUGCUGGUCUCCAUCUUCCCCAGACUCUUCACUCUUACCUUCUCACUCUGCCAUUGCCGCCAUUGCUUCUUUACGGGGAUCGCCGCCGGGGAUCUGUUGUUCCGUUGCGACGUUUACUGCUGAUCUUGGUUUUCCACUUCGGCGGAAGCUCGAUCGUAUUUGAUUUGUUUUUGGAGCUCUGCGAGGUUGAUUCGUUUUUCGCUUGCUCUUGGCGAGCUCUCCGCUGAAUCUGAAGUGUUUCUACUUCCUUCCAUUUGAUUCUGCUGAGUAAUCUGGUUUUCGUGGCGUGAUCGCUCUGGCUCUGCCUCAAUCAGGCGUUUCUUCCGCCGGAGGCCUCGGUUUUAGGUCACAGCUCCGUUCCUUCCUUCUGGAAACGUCUCAGAUCUUCGAUUGAGGUCCUGAAAAUGACGGAUCUGAGAGAUAAAAGCUCCGACUGCGAAGAAUCGACGAUCCAAACAACCACCCCCGAUCGAGCUUCAUCCGACGGCUCAAACGUGAAGACAUGUGUUGAUUGCGGUACCUCGAAAACCCCCCUUUGGCGAGGCGGUCCAGCUGGACCCAAGUCGCUCUGCAAUGCAUGUGGGAUUAGGAGCAGGAAGAAGAGAAGGGCACUGAUGGGCGUCGCGAGGGAGGAGAAGAGAACAAAGAAAACGACGACAGGCGGAGGAGGAAGUAAAAACGCCGUCAGCAGCAACAGCAGCCACAGUAGUACCAGCAGCAGUGGGGAUAGUGCCUUGUGCCCUAGCAACAAGAAGAAGCUGUGGGCCUUCGGAAGUGAUGUAGCUCUGCAGAGACCGAGAUCCCAUUCCAACAGACGCAGAAAACUCGGUGAGGAAGAACAAGCUGCAUUCCUUUUAAUGGCGUUGUCCUGUGGCUCUGUUUAUGCUUAGUUAGAGAUAUUAUAUUAUUAUUUUGUACUCUACCCUCCAUUGAAAAAGGAAAGGAGGUGACCGAGGAAGAAGAAGAAGAAGAAAUAAGGGGGAAAAUGCAGUGGAUGAUGAUGAUGAUGAUCUUUUGUGGGGUUGAAUUCCAAUUUAAUUAUUGUUAUAAUAAUUAUAUAAUUAAUAUCCAGAUUGUUAUCAACAA